UCAGAAAACUCUAAACAUAAUACUCAUAAUAAAAUACUCAUUUUCAGAAACCCAUUUUCAACUCUUUCACGCAUGCAAUGGCAAUGGUGAUUUAGCGACUGAACAUAUAUGUAAGAGGAUUCAUCUAAGUUUGAUUUUGGGUUCCUUUCACUCGCUCACUCUCAUUUCGGUAAGGGUUUCUGUGGGUUGUCUUCUUUGCUUCAGCCUCAGCUUCUCUCUUCGUCUCUCCUGUUUCUCUUGUUCGUCGUUCAUCCCUUCAUUUCCUCUUGCGUUGGCCUUCUGGAUUUGUUGAGCAGACAUGAAUCCAGAAAUUUCCGAUUCCUAUGCUAAUUUUGCUAAGCAGCUUAAAAGCUAUUCUUGGCUUCUUCACAAAGUUUCUGGUGAUGGUGAUAAUAAAGUGGCAUACGGAUUAGGUUCAGGAUUUGCUGUGAGGAUUGAUGAGGACACACGUACUAAGAACCAGCUUCAACCAAAUGACUUGAUCAUCUUGACAUGUGACCAUGUGUUACCGGCUGAUGAUGAAAUAGUCAGAGUCCGCAACUUUAACCACAAAACUAGUUUCAACGCAAGGAUACUGCGUAGGAAUCGUUCCUGGGACAUAGCUUUAUUGGUGCUACAAAAUGCAGCAGAUAAGUUUGCUAGUGCUGAAUUUGUUGAAGACGGAAACAUAUUACUUUCUCAGCCAUUAUUCCAUGUCGGUAACCCAGGCAGGUUUUUAUGGUCGUUCUUCAUUGGAUGUGCUGGGAAUGAGUGCACGAAUGAUGCUGUUGCUCCUUCUCGUCGUAGUAGGAAAAAAUGUUUUUUCCAUAAACCUGACUUGAACGAAACGGCAAGCCGUCUAAAAUUAGGAGACUUUGUUAAUAAGAAGUUUUUUGCAAGACCAAAUUUGAUUGGAGAAAAUAUUAAGGAGAAAAUGAAAAACUUAAACCCGAGUAUUCCUGUGAUACAGUGUUGCGGCAUGGGUACUGCCGAGGGAUGUUCUGGAGGGCCUGUUUUCAACAAUGAAGGAAAGAUUGUUGGAAUGAUGGGUUUCAAUUUGGUUGAGUUUGAUAUUGCUAGCCAUGUAAGCAUGUUGAAGGCAUACGUCUAUGACCCUUUAUGUUAAGUAGUUCUGCUUUUCAAUCAUUAGAUUUCUCCUCAAUUGUAUUAGAUGGUUGAAAUUAGCAUGCAUAUGGCAAGAAGCACAACGGAACAGAUUUUAGCUUCAUUGUUCAUUCUACUAUUAUUCGGUUUAUUCUCUUAUUUUGUUAUAACAGUUUGACUUCAACUAAUUAUGUAAUGUUCUGUUUGAUAUUUUAGAUAUAAUUAUCUUAGUCACUUAAGGAUUAUAGAGAGCUAAUUGUGAUUGUGGUUGUUAGCCUUUUUGUGUGAAAUCACAUUAAUGGACUGACAGACUCGAAUAGUAACCAUGCCCAAUAUUUUGGAUCUCAAAAUAUUAAAGAGAACAGUGUGAAUCGACCCAUUUAUAUACACUCCUUGUAAUUCUGAACCAUUGUGAUAAGUGUACUAGAGUUGCUCACAGUAUCAUUGCCGCUCUCUGUGUCUGUGUGGAUGUAGGUCACAUUGAACAAACCAUGUAAAAUCUAUACACAUUCUUCUUCAUUAUGCUAUGAUUCUGUUUAUUCUCUUAUAAGUUUGACUUCGACUCCUAAUUCUAUAAUGUUGUAUUAUUAUAUAACUGUCAGAGUCAUUUAUGAAAGUGUGAUUUUGCUUGGUUCUUGAGUUAAUCCCCUUAACUGUGAUUGUUAGUCAUUUAGGAUUAUUGUUAGUCCACUUUUAUAUGAAUGUAUCUAAAUAUAAAAUACUGUACAUUCGGCACACUUUUAGACAAAAUCAAUUUUGUCACCAAAAAACCAAACUAACACUUAAUGAUCAUCAACAUAUCAUUGAACCUUCCCUUUUGACCUUCCUGUAAGUGUAGGAAAGAUCUUUCAGGAGAGGUUUAGCUUAUAUAAUGGCAAUAAUGAAAAGGGUUUUUCUCGCGAAAAUAUUGAGUCUAUAUGCAGUGUUGAACGAUCAACUAUAAAAGCCAAUAAGAACCUCGGUUACAUUGGCGAAAAAGGUAUAUUAUCGAAAGAAAAUGGUUUCUCAAUCAUCCGAGUUUUCUACUUAAGGAAAUAGUAUAUCAGGAAACAAAUCAAAUACUACCACGGAACCGUAUGCAAUGUUUAAUCCAAGCUUAGCAUUUAAAUUGCCUGUAACAUGGCAUUGGAGUUUGCUUAUAACAAGUGAUAUUUUAUUAAUUUUCUGUUGCAGUGGGAGCUUGUCCUUUGGAAGUCUAUUGUUCAAUGCAUGUCCAGAACGGGUCUGCUGCGAUAAUUUCCGGAACGGAUCUGCUGGGUGCUUAAGCUGUCCACCACAUACUUGUACCAAGAUUUUAUUUUAUUGGACACACAUGAUGUUGUAGCAGUUAAUGAGUAUAUGAAUGGGAAAAAGCUGGUACGGCAUAUAAUGGUACUUACAGAGUAACCUCAACUCGUAAAGGCUUUAUUUCUCCUAGACGUUCUGGUGGAAUUGCUCAUAAAACGGCUGCGAAGAGUCAAUACCGUGUUCUGAUUAUCAAUUCUCUGUGAGAUUUUCCCGGUUAUAUGGCAGAAGUUGCUGUUCAUGUCGAGAGUUAGAGGGGGCAUAGUUUUGUUAGUGUAGUAUCCUUGGGAGCGGUCAGUGAUAUGGUUUGUUUUGAAGUGGCUGCAUCUCGGCAUUGGCGUUGGAUUUAUCGCGGAGUUCUUUUCAGUUAAGGUCUUUUGUGCAUGUGGUGGAUUCGAGCUUGGUUCUUUGCUUGAGGCGGUUCUUAUCAAACUUUCCUAGUCUCAUCUUCAAAUUCCAAUGAAAAUUUUGUAUCCUUAGAUCCUCUAGUAUUGCACAUACCUGUAAGCCAAUUCCAAUUGUCACAAUUAUCAAGUUGCAAAUUUACUAAACAUUCACUAAGAUACUCCGAAUACGGCUGACACUUCAACAUCAUUAAGAAAUUUGAG